CUUUUCCCUGUUUCCUCUUCAUCAGUCUGUUGCUGAUUCUAGUGUUUCACUUAACGCCGAUCGACUCAAAUCAUUUUCGGGUACACAAUUUCUUCAGCAGAAUAAUUUGCUGACCUCAGGAUUACAUAGUCUAGUCAGCCGAUCGCAAUACGUUGCGAUCUUUAAUUUGUAAUCAAAUGUACGCCGUCAGUCCUCAUUCUUGCGUUUACUUUUAGUCACGCAGAUUUUUUCUAGAUUCUUCGUAUCCUAAACCCCUACUAUGAGCACCUCGCUACUAGUCGUUGUUUAGUACCCAUUUUGCAGAUUUUGAGUGUUCUAUCAAGUUUGCAAUUCUGUACCGAAGCUUGCGAGCAUGUCCUCCAGCACGGAAGCCGUUCCUGAUGAAAGAAAUAAAUUGAUUGACACAGCAGUGCUGUUUUUAAGAGGACCACAAGUACAACAAACACCCCUGGAGCUUAGAAAGCAGUUCCUGAAAAAGAAAGGACUGACUGACAAUGAAAUUGCCAUAGCGUGUGAUAAAGCUGGGAUUAAUACGUUUACACAGCUUGACUCAACUGGACACAAUCAUGUUUCACUGUCUGUUAAUCACCAAAUUGCUAGACCUGCAGAAACAACCACCAGUUGGAUCCAAUUAUUCAAAGACAUUUCAUACACUGUUGGUUUUAUCAGUGGAAUUUUCUAUGCUCUAUACCUCUUUUACAAGAAAUUUAUUCGACCUUGGCUUUUCAAUGUGGACAGCCCAAAAAGCAUCGAAGCCACUGUUAGUGACAUAGAAGGAUUAACCAAAGAUUUAAAGAGUGAAGUUCACCAGUUUCAAGAGGAACUUGAGAAAAUUUCCGACCACCAGAGCAGUAUGAAAAAAACGCUUACCUUUCAAAUUGCCGAACUUAAGUCUGAGAUAGCUUCUUUAAAAGGCCUCAUGGUUAACAGGAGACAAUUCCCCUCUACACCAGCUCUGUCUGCUCCUGUUUCUAUACCAUCCUGGCAGCUUGGUGAAGAGGGCAAUGAAGAAGGUGGAAAUGGAUCAAACUCGGGAGCAAGUGAUGCAGAAGCCUCUAAUAACAACGGCAGCGAUAGCAGUCUUGAAAUGAUCCGUUCUUGUCAUGACAAUGCCAAUGAAAAUGACCAUAAUUAAUUAAACUGGUGAUACCUAUCCUAUGGCACUUGCCAUAAAGGCACAGUCAAGUGAGGAAGAAGGCUAUGGCUUUUGAAGCACCUUACUACCCAAAAAAGGUCAUAUUCUACGAUUUCUAGAAAUUUUACCUUUGAACAUACCCCUACUAGUUGCUUGAUACACUAUACUCCUUUUCUCUACGAAAAUUGUCCGGCUGUGGCCUUUGCUUCGUUUGAUUCUGCCGUGCUAAGGAAGAACGCCGCAUGAACCAUGACAUUGAAACCAAGAUAAUAGCGUUCCAAGUCUAUUGCAUGCCCUUCCUCAGGAUUUACAAUUUUUAAGUUCGCGUUUAGUCUUAGCAACCGUUGAAUCCCUCGGCUGCUUAUUCUGGUUCAGCUCUCUUAUUGAAACAGAAUGAUUUCUGUCAAAAUCACCAAAAAUUGAGGACAAGUUGUGUUUACGGUAAACGACCUCCCAUGUUGAGUCUUUAUUUCUCUAUUGCAUGGGGAAAACGUCAUGAGUGGCAUGUGCGGUCUGAGUUUCCUGGAUCUCAACUGUUACAGCCCACGCAUUUGUUAGCUUGCCCAACGAGCAUUCUCUAUACAUAGGGAGAACCAGCAGAAGCACACCUUUUCUGGCUUCAUCAUCAAAAAAAGCAUUUCGUGAAAACUCAUGUCUAAUUCCCCCCCCCUCCCAUAAUUUUUUAGCUCAUGCAACGCUCUUCCAUAGCAUGGCAGAAUUGAAUUUCUGAUUUCAGCACUGUCAUGUUUCUCUUCAUUAUUUUCUGGUUUUGGGUGAAGGAUUUGAACUAGGCAUUUUUGAGUCUCAUUUGAGAGUAAAUUUGAGAGCCUGGAAUUUUUGGGUAAUGUUUCUCCAUUUUUUCAUCCAAUCAUUGUGUGCUGGUCAAGGAACUCUAAUAAGAUUAAGGAUGAAAAAGGAUGAACAAGUGGGCUAGGUUUGUAUUAAAGAGAAAAUAAAAAGAGCCACAAGUAAUGAACUUGCAAAAAAAAGGAGGAGAGGGAUUGGAUAUGCAUUCUACCUGUGAAAAACUCGAAUUUCCUAUGUGUUGGGAAAAAAAUCUGACAAUAAGUCGUGAGCUAAAACGUUUUUGCGGAACAGAUUGUAGGAGAGAAUAUUGCAUUGAAGGAAAGCUUUUGAAGAUUCAGUUAAUGACUUCUUUCUUUGGAUAAGCUUCUUUUAUCUCCAUUUCUAUUUCUUGAAUCUUUAAGGAUGAAAUGCACGGUGGACUAAACAAAACGAUGUGCUGUCUGGUCUUUCAAGUACCUUGGUGCUAUUUGCUGACAAUGUUUCCAUUUUAGAGAAAAACUAUCAACUCUGGUGUGUCAAGUAAAUAAUUUUAGCAUUUUCAUUCAUUCAAGAUUAUGAAUUAAAGACAUGAUCUUUAGGGUGCAACUUAUUUGUCCAAGGGGGAAAUUGCACUCAAAAUGAGUUUUUUCCCUCUGCAGCAAGAGUUCGGGCAUAAUGCAGAGGCAUGAUGUCACAUUGGCUAAUUGAUCUAUGGUCACAACCUGCAUCUGUUGACGGGUGCCUCUGCGUUUUACUGCCUCUGUUCCUGACAUUAAUUUUCCUAAAAACAAAAAAGAAAAGAAUCCGUGAGAUAGGACCCUGCAUACUCAUAAAAAUGUGUACUACAAGCGAUUUUCCAUUCUUUUAUCACAUUAAACCCAUCUAUAAAUGCAGAUCAAAAGUCAUCAUUGCACAAACUUUCUACGAGCUACCAUUUUCGCACAAUCCGUGGUUUAAGCUUCAAUAAUUCCUUGAAUAAAAGGAGGCAGUGCAGUGAUAAGGAGCCAACAAGGCCCCCUUCUUUAAAACUGGAGAACGUUCUAGAUAAAAACAAGGAAAAACUCAGCUGGUUAGAGGUAAGGGAGAGAGAGAAACUGAUUCGGAUGGUCAUGGGAAAAGGCAUGGGGAAUCCGAGAUAACACUGCCUGGGGUUUUCCUGAUUUCCUUGUUGACACAGAACCAAUCGUACUCAAGUGCUGAGUGCUCAAUGAGGGAUGUCUUUGACUUGUCAUCGCUGCUCUGCCUCCUUUUAUUUAAGGAAAUAUUAAAACCACAACAGCGGAUUGGUGCAAUGAUGACUUUUGAACAGCAUCCAUAGACGAGUUGAAUGCGAUAAAAAAAAUGAGAAAUCGAUCGUGGUACACAUUCCUAUCAGGAGUGUGUGGGGUCCUUUGAUUUUUCGAGGAAAGUAGUGCAUGAUGAGAAGACUAAUGUCAUUUUUUAUUUCAGGAGUCUAAAACACUCGAAAGAUCAUGUAUCGCAUGCCUAACAAAUUUUUCCCUGUUCUUGAUAACAAGGUUUUUCCAGUCAAAUGGCAUAAUCUGCCCAUUUGCCACUAUGAAGAGAUAGGGAUGGAUGUGCCAUGUGCUAGUGCUAAGAUAAUUUCCCAUCCGAGGGGACAUGAACAUUUUCCAUCAGGUGUCUGAUGCAAUGAUGUAUAAUAAUUUUUUUUCUCCUGAAGUAUAAAAUGGCCUUUUUUCCAUUGUGCAUUACCUACAUUCUCAAAAAUUGAAAUUUCCAUAAAAAUAUGUUUUAUUUUUUAGUAGCUACGAAAGUUCAUUUUUCCGGAAAAUUGGUACAUGGUGGAAAACAGUGUCAUAUUCAUUAGCAAAAAGUCAUUUGCAGUGCAGUGCAGUAGCUGCUUGGUAGAAAAAGUUCUCCAUUGUUUUGGAUUGGAAACAAUCAGAUCAGUUUUAAAUGGUAAUAUGAGAUGACGCCCUCUGACCGAGAAAACUCUUUGUCAGGAACAGAGGGAAAAUUUGUUGGACCUUGGGCAUGUGAACAUUUAAUGUAUGUUUUCCUGUUUCUUUGGCUGCUGAAUCCAAAAAUGAUUAAUUUUCCUUUAUUAUGCUCAAACUCUCUAAGAAAUUGCUGUAGGAGUAGAACCAAGGUUAUUAUUGGACUCGGCGUUGGGAAAAAGAAAUUGUCUGCAGACCUGUGUAAUCUAAAAAAAACUAUACAGCGUUUAGUUUUUCUAAGUAAUGUGAAAAAGAGGGAAUACAGGCAUUAACAGAUCUAUUACAUUUCUAUGUCUGUUUUAUAUUUAUCAGUAUCAAGCACUUAAUCUUUGAAAAUGGCAAUUUUGAUAUCACAGUGUAUCUGACACUCUAAUGAAGAAUCAAAAUCCUGCUUUUCUUAAAAACCUGCCAUCUGAAACUUGCUGUGUUUUUGUUUUUAUUUGUCAGAGUUACUUAUGGACUGACUUUCGUACUAACUGAGCUUUCCAGAUUUUAAAUUUAGAACAUUUGUUUAGCUGUGGUAUGCCUUCAAGGCUUUGUCCUGAUGCUUGCACCUAAUUCAGGAAAAAAAUCGAUGUUUCUGGCUGUGCUCAACAUUUUUAUACCUGUAAUGUAUUAGUCGUUAUGCUGUACCGCUUAGGAUGUAAACCAAGUCGUUAUUGCUUGUUUUCAUAAACUAUCAGCAGCAUCCGGAAAGUGAGACUGAAAAAAUAUUUUUUAAGUCAAUUUUCAACUUGUUCUGUGAGGAAUUUUUCAGAAAACGGGUGUAAAACAAAACACUGAAUUUUGAUAAAAAAAAUAAAGAAACUCUUAAAAGUUAAUGAAGUUUCCUACCUUUAAGAUUAGGUUCAAGAUUUUUUAAAGGAGUGUUUCCCUUUUGCUUGAUUUUUUUCAUUAUUUAACCAUCCAUGGAUAAAGGACCCCAGUGCCAAUACAUUCCAACUGAAUUCAUUGCUACUAUUCUUAGAGGGGUGAUUAGCAAAUGUUUUGAAACAAAAGAGUGCCCCAAAAUUUCAAAUUCAAUCAGAGUCUCUCUUGUUUUAAGUUUCCAGUUUCUAUAUAAUACAUGUUAAAAAAAGAAAAAAAUUAGGUUUGAAUUUCCCAUGGUUGAAACUUAAAUUGUCUUGUUAGAAGUAAGCUUUAAGCCCAUAAUCGAUUCAAAAACGAACUGAAGCUCGGUUUACUCAAAUACUUAUUUUUUAGGGUGCUAAGAGCAUUACACAAUUUUCAUUCUUAAAUCCACAUAACUUAACAAAAACCACUCGGAUACGAAUUUAGCACUGAAAUUCUUCUCCCAAUAUUGUGGAACAUUAAUCUAGGUAUCAUGAUCAUUGGAAAUUAUUUUCUGAAAAAUGUCUGCAUUUUGUAAGCUGGUCGAUUUGAAAACUAAAGGAAUUUUCGUCUUAUAGGACUAGGGAACAUUAAAAAAUUCAGAAUAUUUUCUCUUUAAAAUCUGUUGAUAUUUUGGAGAAGGAAAUAUGAGGCAUCUUGAAGCUGAGAGAGCUAUUUCCAUUUUGCUGAUGAUCUACACAAUGCUAGUAUUCUUACGUAAUCCAGGGCUUGUGAGUAAUAUGGACUUUGCCCCCUUUGCUUCAAGAUGCCUCAAUGCUUUCAAGGCGAAGCAUGGACCUACCUACUUCCUGUCGCUUACACUUGGAACAACUUGAUGACUUGCCAUGGAAGCCUUUUUAUUCAUGGAAUGGGAAUGCCGUUUAUUUUGUAUUACAUUUUUUUAUUGAACCACGCACUGUUGCAUGGCAACUAGAGAAUAGUCGUAGGUACAAGGACUGGAGCACAAUGUAAGGAGACUUUGAAUUUUUGUUCAUUUUAGGUUCCUUACUUGUUUGUCUCUUUUAUUUUUUAUUAUUUUUAGUUGUUUAGUAUAUUGUUAUGUGAUUGUGAUUAGUAUGUUUUUCUGUUGGUUUCUUUUCUUAUUUUAUUGCACUGGGCUUUGCCUGAAAAAAAUUUGGAAUAAAAAACAAAAAAUAAA